GCCUACUCUUCCAGCCUCAAGUCGACGGUUUUUUUUUUCUGUUGUAAUAACCUUAGAUUACGCUUUAAAUUAGCAUCUAAGCUAACGGGCGAAUUGAUGCCACUUCACUUCACUUCACACACCGAGGUCGUGUUUUUAUUCGGUCAGGAAAUUUCUUUGCGUUAGAGCAGUAAUCAUGUACGAAGGCUUAAAGAAGCUGUUUUUCACCGAGGCGCGGUGUCAGAAAGACGAAGCGAAAAAGAGCUUCGAGGCGCUUUUUGACAAGUUGGACGUGAAUAAAGACGGAAAGGUGGACAUUGGGGAGCUGAGGGCUGGUCUGGCCGACAUGGGCUUCUCUCUGGGGGCGGACGCGGCUCAGAAAAUCGUUUCUAGUGGGGACUCGGAUAAAGACGAGCAGCUCGACUUUGUAGAGUUUUCCAACUACCUGAAGGAGCAUGAGAAAAAGCUCAAUCUGACUUUCAAGAGUCUAGACAAAAACAAGGAUGGACACAUCGAUUACACCGAGAUUCAACAGGCACUCACAGAGCUGGGCGUGAACAUAUCAAAGGAAAAAGCCCAAAAGAUUCUUCAAAGCAUCGAUGCAGAUGGCACAAUGACGGUGGAGUGGAACGAGUGGAGGGAGCACUUCCUCUUCAACCCAGCCACCGACCUGGAGGAGAUCAUACGCUACUGGAAACACUCUACAGUGUUGGAUAUCGGUGACAGCCUGACCAUCCCAGAUGAGUUCACAGAAGAGGAGAAGACGACCGGUCUGUGGUGGAAGCAGCUGUCUGCGGGUGCAGUGGCAGGGGCGGUGUCACGUACAGGAACAGCUCCUCUGGAUCGAAUGAAAGUGUUCAUGCAGGUUCACGCUUCUAAAUCCAACUCGAUCAGUCUGGUCGGCGGGUUCAAGCAGAUGAUUAAAGAGGGCGGCGUCACAUCCUUGUGGAGGGGGAACGGUGUCAACGUACUGAAAAUUGCCCCAGAAACUGCCAUCAAGUUCAUGGCAUAUGAGCAGUAUAAGAAGCUGCUGACCUCAGAAGGAGGGAAGAUCCAGACCCAUGAGAGGUUCAUGGCAGGUUCUCUGGCUGGAGCCACAGCACAGACAGCCAUCUACCCCUUGGAGGUGAUGAAGACGAGACUGACGCUGAGGAAAACCGGACAGUAUUCGGGAAUGUUCGACUGUGCCAAGAAGAUUCUGAGGAAGGAAGGACUGAAGGCUUUUUAUAAAGGCUACAUUCCCAACAUCCUGGGCAUCAUUCCUUACGCAGGAAUCGACCUGGCUGUCUACGAGACCAUAAAGAACACCUGGCUGUCACGCUACGCUACAGAUUCCGCUAACCCUGGGAUACUGGUUCUACUGGGUUGUGGUACCAUCUCCAGCACAUGCGGUCAGCUGGCCAGUUACCCUCUCGCCCUGAUCCGGACACGCAUGCAGGCCCAAGCGUCUAUUGAAGGCUCGGAGCAGGUGUCCAUGUCCAAACUGACCAAGAAGAUCAUGGAGAAGGAAGGUUUCUUCGGCUUGUACCGCGGCAUUUUACCCAACUUCAUGAAAGUGAUUCCUGCCGUCAGCAUCAGCUACGUGGUGUACGAGUACAUGAAGACCGGUUUAGGCAUUUCUAAGUGAGGUGUAUGUGGGACGGGAUUUUGUUGCUGGGGAUUGUAAAGCAUGUGAUACUGUUAGGAUGCGGCAUGAACCAAAGUGCGUCAUAGUGUAGGCCUUUAUCUGUACCGAGUGUAUACAAACACAGCACUUUUGUAAUAAUUCAUAGCGAUAUGAUCUAAUCCAGAGUAUCUACUGGAGCAGACCAAUAUGAACACAUAUAUCUUGUAUAUUUAUAUCUAUUCUAUAGAUCACAAGACCUAUAAGACGGAUGUGAUUUUAUAAUAGAUUUUAUACCUAAACAUUGUCUGCCUUUGAGCUGGAGUUUAUUGUAUUUGGGUUAAAAUUGCCAUUAAUACCUUUUACAUUUACAGAAAAAAAUGACUUGUAAUGUAGUUUUAUGUGUUGCGAAUGUCAUUAUGAAUUUAUUCAAAGCCAAACUGUCCAGAAAAAAAAACCCACUCCAAUCUUCUCAGGUUUACUUUUUUUUUUUUUUCAUUACGUCUAAUGCAUAAAAUUAUAGUAGCAAAAGUUUACACAAACAGAAGGUCUGGAUGUUUGCCUCUGCUUGGCUGUCCUCCAGGGGUUUAGUGUUUGUAUUCUGUGAUAUAUUAAAAAAAAAGAGAUAUUUGUUCAUGUUGGUUGAAUAAAAUGCAUUUAUCAAUUAGCUUUUUUGCACAAAAAAAAAAAAGACAAUAACGUGCCUUAUCAUAUCAACAGAUCCCGAUUCAUUCAUGCAGCCUGUUUACAAAAUCCUGUUUACAUUGUAGUGAGAACCGAAAACAACUGAAUAAACCGUCCGCUUUUA